AUGAGUAUCAAUUAAUUAAUACUAAUUAUUUCUAUUUUGAUAGCGACACUAAAGGCUUAAUGCUAAAGCGGACAAAUAAAUGACAUUUUAAACUAAAAAUGCUUACCUUGCUCUAUAAAUUGCUAAGAUUGUUUUAGCGCAGGAGAUGAUUCGUGCGUUAAUUGCGCUAAGAAUUACUUUAAAAGUUAUUCUAGUACUUCUACUUGUGUCUAAAGUUGCCAAACUGGUGAGUUUUAAAAUUAAAAUUUUUAAUGUGCUAAAUGUAUGGUUGAAGGAUGCGCUAAAUGUGAUUUUAAUUAGAUUUGCCUCGAAUGCAAUCAAAAUUUGAUGCUAGAUACUAAGAGUAACAUAUGUUAUCUUAGGGAAGACACUUGCUCCUCUAAAUUUGACUUUAUUCAAUAGCCUUUCAAAUUAAAUUAAUGUGUUCAGAGUUGUCCAUCUCCUUUUUAUUAAAAUCAAAUGACAUAGAUUUGUGAAAAAAAUCUUUAAUGCUUAUAAUUUGAUAGAUUAUCUGCAUAACUUAAUCAAAGGGUUACUUAAAUUGAAUAGUUUCAAUAAAAAUCGUAUCUGAUUAGAGCUAAUUAAUGUAAUUUUGCAGUAGCUGAUCAAAAUUUCUAAAUAAUUUACACAUAAGUUCUUCAAAAUAUGACUACCUUUGAGAAAUUAUAUAUGCCUACACCUGGCUAAGAAUACAAUCAAAAAAGUUUUAUUAUUGGGCAAUAUGGUGGCUGUACUGCAAAUAAAACCUUGGUUGUGAUGGAUUUUAUAAAAAAUAGAAUUGUUUUUUAAUAAAUUAACUUAGAUCAAGAUUACUAUUUACUUUAUGCAGACACUUAUAAUCAAAUACUUUUAAAGCACAACUUACUACAUAUAAAAGUUUGA